UUAGUGAACACAGAGAGGGAUCGGAGACAGAGAGAGCAGCGACUUGAGAACAGAAGGCAAGCUUCAUCCUCUGUGAUCUACCGUACAGGACACAGUUCACUUGUGGCUGGGUGGAAGGAUUUAAAGAGGAUGCCGGUGAUCACGGCCCAGCCGCCCCCCUUCGGCAGGCUGCAGAGGGAGAAGCACAUCGAACAGCUCUUCAGGUCCUUACGCCAAGGGAGAAGGGGGUCCCAGGAGCCACGGCACAGUCUGGGAGAGGAGGCAGGACAGGGGGACUCUGAGACACUGGAGCUGCGUUGCACGACGGAGCCGGAGGCCCAGUCCAGCAUCCCCAGAGUCCUCAAGCCAGCGGGCGCCACGGAGAGCAGCGAGCAGAGCCUGGCUCUCUUAGCGGACGUGGAGCAGCUGUGCAUCAUAGCCAGGCCGGGGCUCCAAGGACUGGCCUGUGAGCCUGGGAGGACCUACAGCAUCUCCACAGCUUCCGGGAGUCAGCUCUACGUGGUGGUCGAAGACACGUCAUGCCUGUGUCUGCUCUCCUGCGGUCCCGCUCGCUCCUGCUCUCUCCGAGGGUAUGACAGAAUGGCGCAGGAGGUCUUCCUGUUUGAGAGGCCCCUGAGGGCUGAUGCGUGCUGUCUGGGCUGCUGCCUGAUGGAAAUGCAAGUGUUCACACCUGACCACCAGCUCAUCGGGACUGUGCGUCAGAAGUGGAGCAUGUUUACCCCCCUCAUGGAGCUCAGCGACUCGGACGGGACGUCCUAUAUCAGGAUUCAGGGCCCCUGCUGCCCCUGUCGUUGCUACUCCAGCCAGGAGUUUCAGGUGGUGUCCAAGAUUGGAGACAAAUUGGGAAAGAUUUGGAAAAAAUGGCCUGGCUUCAAUGAAGAGUACAACAUGGACCACGAAUACUUCGGGCUGGAUGUCCCAGCUGAAAUGAGCCCGGAAACCAAAGUGCUGUUACUGGCUGCUGCGUUCUUACUGAACUACAUGUUCUUUGAGAUGAGCUGAACAUACUGGAAGAGUACAGAGCGCCAGCCCUGACCAAUGGGAGCACAGAGAGAUCAUGAUGUCACAAUGAAAGGUGUCACAGUGGCUGCACAAGGAGUAACGUUAAGAAUCACGUUUGUAUCGGAAAACAUUAUUGCAGCAGUUUGAAUGCCAGGGCAUGGAUAGGAUUAUUAACAGAGGCAUUCACAGUGCAAGAGCCCCAUUCAGACAAUGCGCAGAAGGGUUAGAUCACCCACAGCAUAUUCAACUAAUGUAAAGCACUCAACUUUAAUCCAAUACCAGACACAUACCUGCUCACCCUGAGAUCGAAAUCCUAUGGAUCAUUCCAGCUGAAAUCUGUGUCAUAAAAAGUGCCCUGAAAAAAUCUACCUUUAAAGAGCAAAGGAGCCCCCUUCAGGACAUCAUAAGCAUGUAAUGGCACCGGACUUUAUACAAUGACAGCAUGUUGAUGUAAGCAGGUACAGUAUGUUAACAUGAGCAGCACACUGUGCUCCUCAAUGUGGUGAGGCUCACAUUACUAAUCUUGUGUUGUACUACAGUAUAUCCUGAUCUGUGCUCCUCAAUGUGGUGAGGCUCACAUUACUAAUCUUGUGUUGUACUACAGUAUAUCCUGAUCUGUGCUCCUCAAUGUGGUGAGGCUCACAUUACUAAUCAUGUGUUGUACUACAGUAUAUCCUGAUCUGUGCUCCUCAAUGUGGUGAGGCUCACAUUACUAAUCUUGUGUUGUACUACAGUAUAUCCUGAUCUGUGCUCCUCAAUGUGGUGAGGCUCACAUUACUAAUCAUGUGUUGUACUACAGUAUAUACUGAUCUGCAACAUGUACCUGCAUGUGACUGACUGAUUGCAGGAGCUACAUGUUUACAGCCACCUCUGAAUCAAGACUCAGAAUAGCCUUCUUUUCAUGCUUUUUCUUUUUUAAUUUGAUAAAUAAAAACGAUUUUGUAAAAUACUGA